CCAGAUCAUAGCCCAUGGCAUCUUAGGCAAAUCGCAAAGGUAACAACACCACUGCCGCCUUGAAUAUGACUGGGGGGAGGACAUAUUUGAUAGGCCCUUUUUAUAUCUUUCUUGCUUUCUGAGGUCCUGAUUAAACAGAUGCAACGUUAGCUUUCAAUAGUUCACAAAUAAUCGCCGCGUCUGUUACUUCUCCAAUACCUUAACAAAUAUGAUACACUCUCUGUAUUAAACACACAUAAAAAGUUGUGUUUACUCCAUUUCGGCCGCCCUGUGCACGUGAGUGUUCAUACUAGAAGACUGUCUUUGCUGGAACUUACACAACGCCGUGCUAAUGGUGCAUUCUGGGAUUUGUUGUUUUAGUUCCGGAGGGCCUUCGCGAGUAUGCGCUUCGUGAACAGCAUCAGUUGCGUCUAAAAAGCGAAUUUUGAUUGCACACAGACCAUGGUUUAUAUUUUAACACUCUAUGUAAAAUAAGAUAUAUUUACAAAAGGUACUGAUAUGCGCAGCCCAGAUCAUCGCGAACCGAGCUAGAUUUAGUGUAUCCAGGUCAAAGGUACUAUAUAUUUUUUUGGAACAAAACAUGUUGAUGAAGGCAUGCGCUUUUAGUUAGACUAAUUUCAAUUUAGUCAUUUAUCAGUACUCCGAGAUCAUGCCAAAUGAGGUAUCUUCACCAAGCGAUGAUUCAAGUGACACGGAGGAGGUUCCGCAAAAACGGAGAAAGCAGGCUUCAAGGUAUCAGUGUCCAGCUGAUUUUGUGGCAUUUACCCACAAACCCUGUGCCAGUACCCUCAUCGAAAGGCUUCGUGAUGACAACACAGAAUUAUGGCUAAUCAAAGCUCCCAGCGGUUUCAACCCGGACAGUUUCAGCAGUCUGAAGAUGCCUCUGUCUGGGGUGCAGACCAUGCAGGCCCCUGUCCAGCAGGCGCGGGGCAGUGGUGGGAAUUCCUGGCAGAUCUAUAGCGUGCUGGGUGGGCCCUCUGGUGCCGCGGACCUCCACCUCCUCACCAGCCACCGCCAGAAGCUCGACUCGGUGGUCUGUGCCCCGACCUUCAGCGGCCUCCUCAACAUCUGUGAGAGCUACGGCGACUGCAGCACCAACCAGACCACCAUAGCCAUCCCAGCCACCCCGGCCCCCACAGUGCCCCCGGGGCUCCGCCUGCGCUUCCAGCCUUUCGGAAGCAGGACCCCAACCCUCUCCAGAGUGAUGGAGGAUACACUGGAUACUCCGCUGCCGUCUUCACCAGAGACGCCUCUCAGGGUCACACUGGACCCGGGGGAGGAGAGGAAGAGCAAGAAGAAAAAGAAGAGGAAAGACAAACUUAUAAAGACUGAGGAGGAGGAGGUGGUCAGGGUGAAGCAGGAGCUGCUACACAUGAGCCCAGAGGAGUCCUAUGAACUUCCUGGGCAGGAAGCUGAACUCUUAGAGGAGAAGAGGAGGAAGAAGAAGAAGAAAAAGAAGGAUAAGGACAGAGGUGAGGCAGAGGGUACUGUAGAUUCGUCUUUUAAUGUAAUUAAACAAGAGGUGGAAGUAAAGGUUGAACCAAUGGACAGUUCCUAUGGUGACAUUGAAGAUUCUGGAAAAAAGAAAAAGAUAAAGAAAAACUAGCAUGACGAUGACGAGUCUGUUGUUUUUACCGUCAUCUGGUUUUGUGAAGUUAUGCUAUGAUAUAAUUGUAUUAUUCAAUUAGGCACUUCAACAAAUAAUUAUUAUGCUACUGUACUGUCAUUUUGUUUUUUUGGGGGAAAUGUUAUUGUCUAAUAAAACCUAGACAGUAACACA